UUUUGACCUUACCCAUAUUCACGGGCCUAAAAUUAGGCCCUAGCCGAACAGCCCAAAGUCAGCCAGCCCACACAACAAUAGAAGGAAAGCGCGAUUGUCCUAUUUCUUUCCACAAACCCUUUCUUUCAUCUUCUUCUACCAUUUCGCUUUCUCAUUUUUUUUGCUCAAUGUUCACCAAAGUUUAGUUUUUUCUUUUCCGCCAUUACUUUAGUUUACUGUUAUUUCAACUCAGUUUUAUGGUUGUUUACAAUCUCUGCUUUAUUUUUUAUUUUGUUUCUGUUUUUUGUGACCCAUUUUUGUGAAAGUUUCCAUGAAUGAUAAUGCAUGUACUGUGCUAUGAUAAAAACUGGUUUUUUUUAGAUUUCCUGCAUUAUUAUUGUUAAAGGAAAUGUAUUUCACAUCCUAAAAUGCUUCAUUCCAAUGUUGAUACCAUGAUUUAGGGUUUUCAGUAAUAUUUGUUUUGAUACACAUAAAUAAGAGCAUGAGUUUUUUUUUUUUCUUCCGAUUAUUACUUGAUUUGUCUAUUUGCAAAAAGUAGUGUUGUUACAUUCUUUAGAAAAACAAAGCAGUGUUGUCUCAAUCCUGUUUAUUAAUUUCUGCAACUAAGUGAUUGAUUUCAAGUGGUUAAUGAGCUCGCAAAUCAUUCGGGACUCGAGUUUCAUUCAUGAGUAGAAUUAUUUUUUGUCAUGCUUUAUUUACCUCACUCGGACUCUGUACUACCGCCCCAAUUUCCCCAGUAACCGUAGAAUUUUUGUAAUUAAUUGUUCUGUCCUGUUUUCUAUUGUUAGAGGAUUCUUUUUGGUUUCACCUUAUUUUAAAUGGAUAGGAAUUAGCAUGUAGUGCAAUUAUAUUCUUACUCUUUGAAUUAAAUAGUCAAAAUGUAGAAGUCUUUGUUCAUAAUUCCACUUGCACCUCUCUCAAUGUGUGUGUGUGUGUGUGAGCACAAAUAUUUAUAGACUUAUGAUGCAAGGAAGUCGAGAAUGAAGCCAUUGUAAAUGCCGUAGAUGAUUUUGUUUAGGUAUGAGUUAUGCGGGCUUUGUGUUUCCUUUUUUUCUGUCAAUUGAGCUAAGUGAUAGUUAUUGCAAAAUGGGUUUCAGCUAUGCUUACGAAAUUCAUUCUAUAUAACCUGCUGUCAUUGCAAUAUGUGUUUCUGUUAUGCUUAAGAAAUCUAUACUUUAUAGGAUUAAUAUUCUGUGGCAGAAACUCAAAAUCUAUAGUGCAUUGGCCCAGAGACAGCCCUAAAGUAGUAUAAUAAGUUACAUUUGGUGUCAAUGCACCUCGUUGUUUUAAAUGGUUGUCUGCAAAAUCUACUUAUAGCAGUAUGCUACUCGCUUUUAACGACAAUGGUCAAUCUAUAGUUCUAUUAAUGCUUAUUAGAUUUUAUUUGGUGGAUUAAAUUUGGUAUCAUUUUAAUUAAAGUUCUAUUAAUUACUUGAUUUUCCAAUGGAUUUGUUUUCAUAAUCAUAUUUACCCUUCAAUUUUUCACUUUUCAUAUCUUUUGGUUUUGCUUUUCAAUUGACGACUGCCUAUUAUGCUUACUCAUUUGCCUCUGGAUAAAUUUCUUAUUGUGUCUUCUCGAUAUGCCCAAUGAUGAUAUGCUCAUCCGAAUAAUAUACAAAGCCUUUCCGUCCCUUCUGCCUUUCUUCACACUGCUAUCACAAUUGACUUCUUUUUCUUCUUCUUCUUUAACUCUGUCGUUGCCAUCAUCAUCAUCAUCAUCAUCAUCAUCAUCAUCAUCAUUAUUAUUAUUAUUAUUAUUAAUUUCUUAGUGACUGUGGGCUGAGAUGGUGGAGGUUGUGCUCUGUGUGCACUGCCUUGAUGGAUGUUGAGAGGCUUUUAUGGAUGUUGAAAACCUACACAUCUAACAAUAUCUGAGGGCAAAGUUACCAUUUUGCGUUUGGAUAAUCUUGUCAAUUGCUUCUUUUUGUUCACUUAUUUUAUAUGUUAUCUUCAGGACUCUAGCUGCCUGUCUAUGCCCUAGUUGAGGAGAGGUGGUGAGAAGUUUAACUGCUCUUUUCUAUCUAGUGUCUACUAAUUUAUCUAAUUUACUUUCUACUUCGUUUUUGCAGGUUGACUUGGCAUAAUCGGAGAUUCCCUUGUUUUCACUUGUAAGGGAACUAUAGUAGUAUAGUUGACCUAUUUAUUGUUUAGGGAGCCAAUGCUAAUUUUAACAGUUGAUUUCCGUUAAUCUUGGAUGUGAUAUAGUUUAAGUUUGAAUUUAGUGUUUCAUAUUCACUCGUGGCUCCCUCUCUAUGGUUGUCAAUCUAGGGCUCUCAUUUUUGCUUACUAGAUUUUUCUUUACAGUUUAAAUUUAGAUAUCAUAUUACUUAUGAUUGUAUUAUCGCACUUGUGUUUCAAUAAUUACAUGGUUUUUUGCUCUUUAAUUGUCAUUUGUCAUUAUCAAAUUUGACCAAUUUUUCUUUAUCUUAAACUAUUGAAUAGCUCUCAAUUUUCACUUAGUGUAGAUUUUUUUACCAUCAAAUUGAAUUAAUUUUACUGGCCUUGGGACAAAUUUACAUAUAAUUUCUUCUGGAUAAGCCCGAUGACGUGUUUUCAAUGCUAGAUAUAUUACUCUGAAUAUCAUUCACAGCUUUUCCUUCCAUUUCCUACUUUCUCCCCACUGUAAUCACUACUAACUAUGCUUCUGCUACUGUUGUUGUUUUUGUUUUUGUUCAUCGUCUUCAGCUUAUACUUAUUUUUCUUCUUUGUCUUCUCAUUAUCAUUGUUGUUAGUACUAUUACUGACAGUGGGUAGAGAUAGUAGAGGUCGUGUGUGGUCUUUCUUUUUGCACUGCCUUGAUGGAUGGCGAGAGGCUUUUAUGGAUGUUGAAAAAAUACUAACCUAAUACCAUCUGAGGGCACAUUUAUCUAUCUUGUUUUUGAAAUGAAAAGUUUUUUUUGAAUGAUUUCUAUUUGAAAUUUUUGUUUGAGAUGUUAAUUUCAUGAAUCUUGACCAUCAUUCUUCCUGUUCUAUCAGGUAAGUAUCUGUUUGUCUCUUGAUUCAUAUGUCAUUUAAAUUUCUGUUUUUAUCUCAUCUUCCUUUUUUGUAUUAUUUUAAUAAUUCAUAAUCUGUACCAGAUUGGUUUUAACCAAUCUAACCUUACCGACUGUUUGUUUUUAAUCUUUUUACAUGAAUAAAAGAAACAACUGUCAUCCCAUCUCCUAAAUUUACAUGCAUAUGAAAAUGAUUGACCGUUAAAAUACACGUGACAUGUAAAUCUGUAAGAAAAUGAAGUUCCCGGGAAUGCUGUUAUGCUUUAUUCCUCAGCCCAAUAGAAAUAUCUAGAAUCGCCUAGAAAUUAUUUGGACUCCACAUAUGUAAUUUUAUAUGCUUACAUUCUUAUUCUUAAUUACAUGUAUAUUACUUAAUACAUACUGUUUACUCUAUAAACCUCUGAAAACUGUAUAUAGCAUUAUAAAUUUGAUUCUCGAAGAACCCUGUGACCCUGUCUACUGUUUUAAAUAAGUAGUGUUAUAUCAACCACAUUCGCUAAUUUGUUUUUCUGUUUCCUAUUGUUAUGUUAUUGUUUUUCGUUGCAUCUUGAUUUUAAAUGAAUGACAUGGAAAUAAAAACAUAGUUUUACUCUUUGAAGUAAGUAGUGAAAAUGUAGCAAGAUUUUUUCUAUGAUGCCCAAUGAUGUAAUAAUUAACCAUUGACCGGCUACAUGGUUUUGUUCAUAUCUCUCCUUGCACCUCUCUUUCUCUCACUCACUCAGUGUGUGUGCACGCGCGUGGUUUUGUAUAUAUAUGUAUGAUCAUAAUCUUUCUCUCUCCUUUCUCUCUCUCUGGAUAUAUCUAUCUAUCAAUCAAUCAAUCUAUUAUGAUGCAAGGAAGUUGUGAAUGAAGCCAUGUAAAUGCCAUAGAUGAUUUCGUUUAGGUAUUUUGCACACGGGACAGCAACCGAUUUCAUGUAUGACGUUGUGAGGGUUCCCAUGGCCUUCACCUUUGAGAUAUAUGGUGAUGUAACAGCUCCAUCAAGUGACUGUUUUAAAAUGUUCAAUCCCACUGACCUUGCUAGCUACAAUAGUGUUCUCGAUGACUGGUCUGCAGCUUUCUUUACAAUUUUUAAAUUGGGGCCACACCAGCUUGGUGAGAUCCAAUCAAAAGCAUCUGUUGUUAAGUUGGAUAAGUUGGUGUCAAUAGAUGAAUAUCUAGAUGGGUAUUUGAUGGAGAGGAGGAAUAGAUACGGAAAAAAGAUGGAGGUACUUGAGCUUGGAAUGCAAGAAAUAAGAGGCAUAUUAUAGGUUCUUUUUACUAUCUUCAGUUUUACUAUUGUGCAUGUUCUGUUCUAGAAUCUCGAAAACUAAGUGCAGUAGACCAAUUGUUUCUGCUAUUUCCCUUUAAAAUUAGGUCAUAGAAGAAACUGUAUAUCCAAAUUUGAGAAAAAGCUUGUAAGUUAAAUUGUUGAAACUAAGUGCAGUAUGAUUGUUUUUAU